AUGUUUCCAAUUUGGUAUAUGGGAAAUAUUUCUGUUUUAGCAGCAUCUGAGGUUAACCCCUUAACACUGAUUAUUCUGUUAAAUGUAAUACUUAUUUUUUCACAUGCAGGAACUAACUCUCGCCGUCGACGUAUCUCAGAUGUGCAUUUUAUUGAAUCACCAAACAAUGUCACAAGUUAUGUAGGUCAAACUACCGUACUUGAAUGUAAUGUGAAAAACUUACGAGGAAAACAAGUAGCAUGGCGGAAACUACCAUCCACUAGUCCCUUAACGAUCGGAACUUUUGUAUUUGAACCAGAUCCAAACUAUAAAAUACGCAAUGACAUUAAACGCGAACAAUGGGAUCUAGUCAUUGAAAACGUGCAAAAAAAACACGCUGGAACCUAUGAAUGCCAAAUUCCUUCAAAUACAAAAAUAGCUGUUCAAGUCAAUUUAACAGUAUUAGACAAAUCACCAGAAUCUAGAAAACAUGAAGUACACAUAUGGGGCACGCAAUACGUGGAUGUGGGAGAGACCAUUACUCUCCAGUGUAAUGCUAGUGGUGUUGAAUACGUACCAGAAGAGGUGGACUGGUUUAAAGAUGGCAAUGAAAUAAAACCGAACACUCUGGCAAAUGUAGCCAUUAGGAAAUUCCCAUCUGUCAAUGAACGUUCACUACGUAGUACAUUGCAAAUUAUGCAGGGAAAAAUGUCAGAUGCGGGUACCUAUAUAUGCCGAAUUUCAGAAGCUGAUAUAGCUAGUAUUAAAGUACAUGUCUUAAAUGAUCCGCGUAAAGGAAAUGAUAAACCCAGUGUAAACAGAAAGCGUGAUAACUGUUUUCCCUUCCCAGGAGAUUGCGAAGAUAAAAAGAAAGAGCAGGAAGGAACUCCUGAUUCAGAUGGGAAGUCAUCAAGUUCGAAAGGAUCAGCCAGUGGAAGAGGUCACCUUGCCAAAGCACAAACCAUUCUAUUGUGGACAUGCAUAUUUCUGGCACUCACGAGCCACCAUAUUUUAAAAAAUUUAUGAAAGUUCAUUUCCCUGUAUGUGAAGAUGGAAACGGAAUUAAUGAAGGAACGACUGCAGUGAGAACACGAAGACAUCCAAAAGUGUAUUGAUGAUAGCUGUAAUAGACCAUGAAACAUCAAGGAUUUUCAUGAAUAGCAUCAGCAGGAAUGAACAUUUAGCUCUAAUCAAAAAAUAUCAAAAUACAAACAGAUUUUUUUCAAAAAAAAUUCUCUGUAUGUAAAUGACAGCAGUUUCACA